UGGUUUCUUCUGUUAGAAGCGAGGGCAAGGAAGGCGAGCUGCAUCGUGGGUCUGGCUGGGAGGUCGCUACGCGCUUCAAAAUCCGAGAGGAAGCAAUCCCGAGUUGCGGACUCCCUUACUGCAAGAACCGACCCAGUGGCACGCGGAGGCCGUGGCAAGCAUGGGCGUCACCUGUGUAUCUCAGAUGCCAAUAGCAGAGGGGAAAAGUGUUCAGCAAACAGUUGAAAUCUUAACAAGAAAAUUGGAGCUACUUGGCGCAGAAAAACAAGGAACAUUUUGUGUAGAUUGUGAAACCUACCACACUGCAGCCUCCACAAUGGGCAGUCAAGGACAGGGUGCCAAACUGAUGUAUGUGAUGCACAAUUCGGAAUAUCCCCUCACCUGUUUUGCUCUCUUUGAAAAUGGCCCAUGCCUUAUAGCAGAUACCAACUUUGACAUCCUUAUGGUGAAAUUGAAAGGCUUCUUUCAAAAUGCCAAAGGGAACAAAAUAGAGAGCCGAGGCACUCGGUAUCAGUACUGUGAUUUUUUGGUGAAGGUCGGCACAGUCACCAUGGGGCCCAGUGCCCGUGGAAUAUCUGUUGAGGUGGAAUAUUGUCCAUGUGUGGUAGCCACUGACUGUUGGAAUCUUGUAAUGGAAUUCAUGCAGAGCUUUAUGGGAAAUCAUGCUCCUGGUAUCCCCUCUGUGUUCAGUAAUAAGCAUGACAGCAUCUACAGUCCAGCUGAUACAAUAGUUCAAUACAUGGAACUUUUCAACAAAAUUCGCAAGCAGCAGCAAGUGCCUGUUGCAGGUAUCAGAUGAAGAAGUGUCAGAAAAUGUUCUUCAAGUAAGCAACCACUUUGUUGAAUAGCAAAUUCAAUCCAGUAUUCCAGAUGGCAGUUAUUACCCAUCAAAGCAAUAUGUCUCUGUUGUAAAUAUCUUCUUGUUGAAGAUGAAUGUUGUCUCAUAUCAGACUCAGAAAUGUAUGCCAUAGUUACUUUGCCCUUGUUUUAGAUUCAGGGAAUCUAGUCAUGAAAACCAAUAGCUGUACUGUUAUAAUUUAAAUUUUAUGUUAAUGAAAACAUAGAAUCUGUAUGUGUAGGUUUUUAAGGAUGUUAAUUGUCAUUGUAUUCUGUCUAGUAGGGAUUAAUUAUUGUUUAGUUUGUAUUUUGCUCCUACAAAACCUUUUUGUUAGUUCUUACAUAAAUAUAUUAAUCUUCUCGAUUAAAAAGCUGUUAAAAGCUAUUUUCUAAUUAAUUUAGUCAAGACUUGAUAAUUACAUAACUGCCUAUGUAACUAACUGUCUCUGUACAAUAACCUUUCCAUAAACUCUGCUUGUGUUGAAUUUUAUGCUGUUCUAUGCAAGAAAAAUAAGACUCUAGGUUUUAAUGAGACCCUAGUAAUGAAUUCCCUUCCUGUACAGAGGUAACCACAGCCUUUAAAAAAAGUUCUAAUUAUCAAUUAGACCAAAGAACUUAGGCGUAUGUUUUUGGUAAUGGGAGUGGUAGCCAUCAAUAAUGCCUAAUAGUAUAUCUUAAAGAUCCCUGAAAAAUAUCUGUUCUCUAACCCUAAUAUAAGUCUAGGUAGUAGUAUGCUUAAAAAUUAUUUAGGUAUUUUUGCUUUCUUAACUCUAGUAUAGUAUGUGUGAUAGUAUAAUUUCAAAAAUGUUUUCAUUCUGGUACACUAAUAUUUGUAGAAGGGGCGUUGUCUUACCUGAACACCUUUUCUCAGCAGGAUGAUGUAGAAUCCACUGGAUGGGUUGUUACAGCCUUCCUGCUCAGCAAACUAGGUCAGAACUUUGGCCACGCCUCUCCUUUGGGCGUGCCUCCCCAGUUUUGACGAGACGAAGCAGCUCUGAUGAAUUCUACACAAUGGCUCCAUUUGUCAUAACACCUGCCUAGACUACCAACAUGAGAGGGUGUGGAUUCUACAUCAUCCUGCUGAGAAAAAGCGUUCAGGUAAGACAACGCCCCUUCUCCAGCAGGAUGACUAGAAUCCACUGGAUGGGACAUACCAAAGCCGCUCAUGUCCCCUCGGGAGGGAGAGUCUAGGCUGGUGAACCUUGAGAAGAAACAACCUGUUGAAGUACACGCCUGCCAAACGCAGCAUCAGCCGCCGCAAAGGCAUCUACACGGUAAUGUUUGACAAACGCCGAAGGAGAAGACCACGUUGCAGCUCUACAAAUCUCCACCGAAGUCUGCGUGGACCAUGCAGCCGACGUGGCAGCGCUGCAUGUCGAGUGGGCCGUAACAUGCGAAGGGACAGGAAGUGACUGAGAAGAAUAGGCUCGAGUUAUACAUGCCUUAAUCCACCUACUAUGGUUGAAGAAGAAACCUUCCCCAUGGCCGAAGGUUGGAAAGAUACAAAUAGGGCCUCCGACUUACGGAAGGAUGAAGUACGCUUCACGUAGUAACGCAGAGCUCUGCGUACGUCUAACUUAUGCCACUGUCGUUCCAACCUGUGUGUGGGAUUGGACAGAAAUUGGGAAGGAUUAAUUCCUGAGACCUGUGAAAAAUAGUGUUAACUUUUGGAACGAAGGAAGGAUCCAGUCUAAGGACUACCUUGUCUUCAAAACAGGUGCACAAAUCCUCCCUGACGGAAAGCGCGGCUAAUUCCGAAAUCCUUCUAGCUGAGGUAAUAGCCACCAGAAACGCCACCUUUAAAGACAAGAAGUGGAGAGAGCAUGAACUGAGAGGUUCAAACGGAGAUGAUAUCAAAGCCUGCAACACCUUAGUUAAGUCCCAAGAUGUAUAGCGAUGUACCACGGGAGGUGUGGUGUUAACCGCUCCCUUUAGAAAGGCACUGAUCGCUGGAUGUUGAGACAAGGGACUGGAAUUGUCACAGGAGAGAACCAUUGAAAGGGCUGCUAGUUGCCUGCGGAUAGUACUGGAUGACAAACCCUUGUUCAAACCUUCCAACAGAUAAUCAAGAAUAUUUGGAAUAGUGACCGAAAGUGGGUCCAACCUUUGUACAGAACACCACUUGCAGAAUCCCUUCCAUGUGGCAUCAUAAAUCCUAUUCGUUGAAGGGCAUCUCGAUGCUUGUAUCAUCGAGAUUACCCCGGACGAAUACAACUGCCUGGCUAAACCUUCCCGCUCAAGUGCCAAGCGGCUAGCUGCAGCCACUGCAGGUCGGGAUGUAGGAAGUUGCCCUGACUGAGGACCACUCGGUCCGGAGGAAUUCUCCACGGAGGUGAGAUCGAGAGAUCCACAAGGUCGGCAAACCACGGACGCCUUGGCCAAUGUGGAGCAAUCAAGACUACCUCUGCUCCUUCCAGAAUCAGUUUGCGUACGGUUGCUGGUAACAGAGGAAGUGGUGGGAAAGCGUACAGAAGCUGCACCAGCCACCGACAUCGGAGGGCAUCCGUUCCCUCCGCUCCCCGUGUCGGGAACCUGGAGAAGAACUGGGAAGCUGUGUGUUUGUCGGGGUGCCAAACAGGUCCAGGUGAGGUCGCCUGAAUCUCAGUGAGAUCUCCUCGAACAGAGUUGGGUCCAGUCGCCAUUCCACAUGGUCCACCUUGGCUCUGCUCAGGGAGUCUGCUUGACGAUUUCCCUCCCCUGAAAUAUGCUACGCCCUGAUGGAACUCAAAUUUGACUCUGCCCAAAGGCCCAGAGCUGAUGUUUCUCGCAUCAGUUCCCAGGACCGGAUCCCUCCUUCUUUGUUGACGUGAGCCUUUGCUGCCACGUCCGUCAGAACGAGGACAUGUUUCCCUUUUAUCAGAGGGGAGAAUUGAAGGAGUGCUAGGUGUAUGGCCCGGAGUUCGAGCCAGUUGUUAUUGUGGGCAAGAUCCAAUCGUGACCACUGCCCCUGGGCCAGAUGGGUCUUCAGGUUAGCUCCCCAACCGAACAGACUCGCGUCUGUUGUGAGGGUGAUCCGGGUGGGCUCCCUGAAUAUAGUUCCCUUGGUCAUCGCGGAUGAUGUCCACCAAAGUAGAGACAGUAAUGUGUGAUGUGGGACUGUGACCCUCCUGUUGGAGGAACUGAGGUUCUGUCUCUGAUAGGGAAGUAGGAACCAUUGUAGGAGCCUGGAGUGGAGCCUGGCCCACGGAAUGAUACCCAUGCAAGAAACCAUCUUUCCCAGGAGCUUUGACAGUUGUGCCAGAGGCACCCUCCUGUCUUUCUGAACCAGGUGAACCAGUUUCCUGAUGCUGGUCUGACCUUCCGGAGAAAGGUAUACCUUGCAAAGUGUCAAAUCUAUUAUUGCCCCCAGGUGUUGGAGUCUUCUUGUGGGAGUCGUAUGGCUCUUCUUGAAAUUCACAGAGAACCCAUGAUUCAGAAGAGUGAGUAUUGUGGUCUGAAUGUCUAACUGUGCUGCCUGGAAAGAACUGGACUGAACUAGAAUAUCGUCCAGGUAACAUUGUACGCGCACCAGCAUCAACCUGAGAUGGGCCGCUAUGACCGCUAAUAUCUUUGUGAAGACCCUUGGGGCUGAGGAUAGACCGAAGGGAAGGGCCCUGUACUGGUAAUGCCGGUGCGCGUAGCAGAACCUGAGAAACUUGUGAUAUUGCGGGUGUAUGGGAAUAUGUAGAUAUGCCUCCUCAUGUCUCCCUUCCUGAUGCUGGCCAAUAUGGACUUUAGGGACUGCAUCUUGAACCUUCUGUAGGUUAUGAAAUAAUUCAGUCCCUUUAAAUCCAGUAUUGCCCUCCAUCCUACUGAGGUCUUGGGAACCACGAACAGAAUGGAGUAAAACCCCUUUCCUUCCUGGUCCCUUGGUACUGGUUCUAUGGCUUGAAUUGCUACCAGAUGAGAAAUGGCCGAGGCUACCAAGUUUGCUUUGGUGGUGUUUCGGGAGAGUGGACACCUUAUGAAACGAUCUGGUGGGGGAGAGUAGAAUUCUAAGGUGAGACCGUACUUGAUGGUCUCUACUACCCAAGCGUCGGAGGUGGUCAGUUCCCAGACGUCGCUGAACCUUUCCAGCCGACCCCCAAUGGGAGAGCCCUCCCUGGUGUCACUUGGACCGCCUGUAAGGGCGGCCUCCAGAUCCCCUGAAGGGACGCUUAGACUGGAAUUGGCCUCUGGCUCCAGUAUUUUGGCGAUCCUGGGAACGAUCCUGUCUGGAGUAGAAGGAUCGCGAGCCUCUUGACCAGUCCCAGGAUUGCCCUGGCCGAAAGGGCUGUCUCCAUUCCCAGGAGCUGCUGGGAGCUGUUUGUUUACGGAACUCCUGUGGUGGUGUCCUGUCCAGUUUCUUGGAAGGAUGGACUAAAAUCUUGCGCUUGUCCUUGCCUUCACUAACGUGUGGAUCCAGGAUAGAUCCAAACAACAGUGUCCCGCUAUAUUUGGAUGUGGACAGGUGCCAUUUAGCCUUCAAAUCUGUUUUCCAAUGUUUCAGCCAUAGAAGCCUUCGAGAGGCAACAGUGGCUGCAAUAGAUCUUGCAGAAUACUUAGUUGAAUGUAGGGAAGCGUCAGCCACAUAUUGUGACGCGGCCACUAGCUUGGCCAGUGUUUGAUGUGUUCUAACCUGAUCUGGUGGGAUGCUGGCUUGUAGCUCGCGAAGCCACAUGAUACAUGCCCUAUCGAAAAAGGAGGAAGAAGUUGCAGCCUUGGCCGCCCAGGCCGAGGCCAGGUGUGCCCGACGGAGAGAGAGUUCAAAUUUCUGGGCCUCCGCUUUCAGGGCCUCCGCCAUGUUCCCUGGAAUAGCAGAUGUGGAAAACAAGGAGAUCAAAAGACUAUCAACAGUGGGUACCUCCAAGAGUGAAGCAAAUGAAGGAGAAAUGUUAAACAGUUUCUUUUCUACACUGUUAGGGGCAGGCGGAGCUGCCAGUGAAGACCAUUGUUUUUCCACAGAGGUGCAAAAAACCUGUGGGCAAGGAACAUACUUGUCCUCCACUACCUUCUCAGCGAACAGAGGGUUAGCCUCCUGACUGGUAGAAGGAUUCUCCUCCUGCACCGAAGUGAGGUUAACAGUAGUAAUUGCCUUGAUCAAGAAAGAUUUGAAGAGAGAAGGGUCAAAGAGACCUGAAGUCGAAGUCUGCUCAGGAGCAGCCUCUUCCUCCAACAAAGGUAUGUCACCUACGUCUAGGUCAACCGACUCUGCCUCUCCCAGCUGUGAAGAGAUCUCUGAAACACCUGUAGCGGAAACAGUGGCUAUCCCUGAUUCGGAUGGAGGUUGAAAGGUCAGUUGUCCCUUGGAGGCCAUAAACUGAUUGAAUGCAUUUUGCAUGAAAGACUGGAAUUGAGCAGACCAUAUAUCCUCCUGAGAGCUGCCACUAGGGCCAGCGACAGCCGGAACCUGAUCAGGUGAUGAAGAUGAUGAGGAUGAGGAGCGAGGGGAACCCACCUGCUCAGUUUCCCCCAGAGGAGACCAAGACCUUAGAAUUUCCUGAGAAGGAACGAAUGUGGGCUCAGGUAUAGGGAUAUCCAAUGGAGUGGGGGAAACAAUUUCAGCCUCAUUGGACCUGAGUCUUUGGGCCCUAGAGAACUGUUUUUCCAAUGCCAAAUGUCUCCUCGAGGCUUCUCGCUCAGCUGUUUUAGAGGGCUCCUUCUGUGAUAUAUGCUUUGUUUUGGCUUUUUUCUUCCCCCCCCCCCCAACUCUGAUUCAGUGGAUCUGCGCUUUUGUUGUGGGGGAGGCAUUCUGGAGCUCUGUGAAGCUGAAGGCGAGGCGCUGUCUGCCAUUGCGAACCAGGUAUACCGAGUAAGAAAUACCUGGAGGUGGGGGGGGGGGAGGAAACCCAAGUAUGCAGACCAGUUGACAGAGAUGGAAAGAACCCAAUCCUCGCUCUGUGCAACCGCAAUGGCCGGACAGUCAGCCGCGUCACUAAAGACACCUGUCAGGCCAAUGACAAAUGCCACCCUACUAGAACAGUUGGGAAAUAAAAGGAUCUUCCCUCUUGCUCCUUCACCAGGGAAUCAGUAUUGCUAGUACAGGAAGUACACAGAUAUGCUGACAGUAAAGAAGACGGCUCAGUAAAUGCUGACAGGCUGAGCUUAUUUCCCCCUCCCCCAAUAUGGGGCUGACAAGUCAGACCCCAGGGGUGUCUCGGAUAUCCCUCCUGCAAGGGCUAUUAAUGUCCCUUCACUCAAUGGAGAAAUUAGGAAUCUCUGUGCAGAUAGACCCACCCAAAAUGGUGGACGUCUAUAAAACACACCCAAAAUGGUGUCCGGUGUUGAAAACGCCCUCAAAAUGGCAGCCGCCAGUGAAGCACGCGGUCAAAAUGGCGGCCGCGCCCCCUAUUAGAAGAUUCCCCAGAUGAUGGAAGUUAGAGCUAGAAUGGGGCAAAAAAACGAUAGACAAGUGAACAGACAGGGCCAAAGGGAACCCGAUAAGUCACUUGCGUUUCCGCGUCACUUUUGCGAGGCUGGAAUGUGUAUUCCGUGAGGGCUCCUCCAAUCAGCUCCGGCCACUGAAAAGGCUCUCUGCGCCUUAGCUAUGCGGCCGUCAGCCGCUGUUGUUGCCGGUUGCAAUCCAAGGCUCGCCCAAUCAAGGAAAUGAGCGGUCUGAGUCAGCUAACAAGCCUAAGCUCAAAGUCCGAGACCGAUGCGAGAAAGGACGCUGGUGAGUCAAGCGGACUGAAUCAGCAGGAGGCCCGGAGCUGAAACCAGAAGGCCAGGCCUGGCUGCCUCCCUAGUUUGAUAAAUUUAGUGAAUUUGUCAAGCGGAUUUGAACAUUGCCAAUUGAAAUCUAAUUAAAUAAGUUCUAAUUGAAGCCUAAUCUAAGUAAAUUCACUUUUUUAAAAAAACUAAUCUACCUAUGGAGCCUGAACAAUUACGUGCUGCCGAGCUCAAGACUAAGUCAAAACUGGGGAGGCACGCCCAAAGGAGAGGCGUGGCCAAAGUUCUGACCUAGUCUGCUGAGCAGGAAGGCUGUAACAACCCAUCCAGUGGAUUCUACAGUCAUCCUGCUGGAGAAUGGCUAAGCAUAUACGGUAGUUGAGCCAAGUUUCAAAAUAUAUUUUAGAGAUUUAAAUAUACUUUAGAGAUUAUAUUCAAUUCAGAAUUGGCAAUAUCAAAUCAAUUCUACACACACCUAACAACUUGGCUGUGAAAAAAGUAUAUUCCAGUAACUGAUUCUUAUUCCCAUCUAUAUAAAGUUUCUGGUUUGAAUGCAACCUGAGCUUUUUGAUUCUUUGCACACGAGUAGUUUAACUUACAGAACUAGAGGAUAAAUAUAUUUGAAAAGAAAGGUUCAGUUUUUCAUUGCUAAAGUCAUAAACAUUUAAAUUUCAUCAGGAUUUUAUAUGAAUAACUUUUUGUUCAACAGUCAGAGUCUAUAUGGUCAAAGGUAGUGACUGUUAUUUUGUAACUGAUUUUGGAAUGUAAUAACUUUUAUUUGUCUAUGCAUACUAACCAUUGUCCUGCUGAAAGAUAAACAUUUAUUUAACGUUUUGGUUUUAUGCUCAAACACUGCAGCCAUUAAUUAUAUGUGAUCUAUUAGAAAACAUUAAAACUAUAUAUAAUUAAAAACUAUGGUCAAUAUUAUUGAUUGGUUCAAAACAAAUACUGCCCAAAUUAUUCAUGACAUGUUUUUUAUUGGGUAAGCAGCUGCCAUUUUUAAGUUCAUAUAUUAAAAUAUUGAAGUACAUAGAAAUGUUUCCCAGUAUUUUUAACCUUGUUCAUUGGCUAAAAGCCCAGAAAGAUUUGACAAAUUGAUUGUUAAUAUAGGCAGAAAAUUGUCUGUAUUGUAAGCAAAUGAGUAAUUUUAACAUAAGAAAAUUGAAUCUGAUCCAUGAAUCAUACGCAACUUUAAUAUGUUGUGACUUGUGGUUGCUGAUGAACUGCAGGCAAUAAAGAAUGAAGACUCAGGCCUUUAGGUUCUUGAUAUUGUGCAUUUAAAGGAGUUAAAUAUUUGUUCUAAAUGUAUGUACAUGGAAAUAAAACAUUAAAAAUCAC